UUGACAGCUUAAAUCCCCGUGCCGUGUUUCGAACACGUUUUUCUGUGAUAUAUUAGAAAUAAUAAUUAAACCAUGUCUAACAUUGGCGAGCAAGAGCUAAUAAACAUUGGAAAAGUCUUAAACGAUCCGUCUAGGCCCAUGAAAGAGCGCUUCAGGGCAUUAUUCACUCUAAGAAACUUAGGCGGCGAAACAGCUAUAAAAUGUAUCAGUGAUUGUUUUACAGAUGAAUCUGUGCUUUUAAAACAUGAAUUGGCUUAUUGCCUAGGCCAAAUGCUGGAUAAAAGGGCCAUUCCAGUGCUGAGAAGUGUUUUAGAGGACAAAAACCAAGACCCCAUAGUUCGCCAUGAGGCAGGUGAAGCCCUUGGAGCUAUAGGUGAUCCGAAUCUCCGAGAACUACUUGAAAAGUACAAGAAUGACCCUGCAAUUGAAGUAGCGGAGACUUGCCAGAUAGCCCUACAGAGACUUGACUGGGUGGCCAAUGAUGGAGCUAGCGAGAAGUUAUCUAAGAGUCCGUACUGUUCGAUAGAUCCUGCGCCACCGAGCAGUGAAAAUGAUGUACCUACACUGAGCAAGACAUUGAUGGAUGAGUCUAAACCGUUGUAUGAGAGGUACAGAGCAAUGUUCAGCUUGAGAAAUCUGGCCACUACUGAGAGUAUAAAGGCUUUGGGAGAAGGCCUCAACGCUAGCAGUGCCCUGUUCCGUCACGAAGUUGCCUUUGUAUUCGGCCAGAUGCAAGAUGAGCGGAGUAUACCUUUCUUAAAGAAAGCCCUUGAGGACACCGCUGAACAUGAGAUGGUGAGGCACGAAGCAGCUGAAGCGUUAGGGUCCAUAGCUACGGACGAAUGCACAGAGGUUUUGAAAAGGUACCUCCACGACCCUCGCCCAGUGGUCAGGGAAAGCUGCGAAGUGGCUCUAGAUAUGUCUGAAUAUGAGAACAGCCCGGAGUUCCAGUAUGCUAACACACUGCUCGCUGUCAAGGCUGAGGCGUAGACAAUAACAGGUUCAUUUCAAAGUAUGCUUUAUUAAAGUCCGGUCGCCGAGCAGAUAGCUACCCAUCCUUAUCACUCGCGUGUAAUUAUAUUGCUGUCGCGACUGUGCGACGGGCGGCCGCAGUGAGUGUGCGAGCGCGACAGCAAAAUAAUUACACGCGAGCGAUAAGGAUGGGUAGCUUGGAGUCAUUGGACGAAAUUCUAUCUGCUCGGUGACCGGACUUUACCAGAGGUUAGAGUGGUUAUUACAACGAAAACGUGUACAGUCGCCAGUGGAACCUAGGAUGCUAGUUGGUCAACAUAAAGUUUGGCCUGGCUUCCACCAAGGCGGAGCGGAGCGGAGACGAAAAAAGUGCGGCGACAGCUAUUUCCACCAAAGUGGAGCGGAGAAGAGCGGAGAGGAGACGAGACGAGAGAUGUGUGAGCUUUGCGUAGCUGUCAGUUAGCACAGCUCCGCACCGGUGCGGUGCGGUGCUGCUUCUCACAGCUCCGAUCCGACAUCGCUGUCAAAUUCCAUAAAAAAAUUAGUCCGCCCGAGUCUUCUCUCUUUCCGCUAGAUCCAUUUUAACCGAAGCGGAGCGGAGGGGAGUUGUGGAAAUAAUGAAAUCUGAUUGGUUAUUCAAAACAUUUCUCCGCUCCGCUCUACUCCGCCUUGGUGGAAACCGGGUCUAACUAAUGCAUUGGUUCCCAAAGUGGGGGGCGCAAAGACCUUUAAAGGGGGGCGCGGGCCAUCUGUGUACUUAAGUAUAAAAAAACUUGCGACAGCUGAGAGAAUGCAUUCCUGACUGCUCAUCAAUAAAUCAUCUUGACUGGAGGAGGGUGGCGCGGAAUUUUUUGUAUGGUCGAAAGGGGCGCGUUUCAAAUAAGUUUGUGAACCAAUUAGUUGAUUUGGUACUUUGUCUAUUCCGUGCCACGCCGCCGCCGUUCUUAGAAAAAUAAGUCCGCCCGACUCAUCUCUCUUCCUCCGCUCCGCUUUAGUGGAAACCGGGUCUUACUUAUAUCUAGCAAUGAUGGAAAACCUUUAUUUAGUUUACCUAAUACCUUGCGUAUUGAUUUUACAGAGUGUUAUUGAGAGCAUUUUUCUUCUUCUGCCUCGCCUUAUCCCGUUAAGCGGGGUCGGCUUUCCCAAUCAUGCGCCGCCAUUUGAAUGAAUGUUAUUUUGAACGUCUUGUACAUGGACUCUUAAUACUUUCAUGUCCUUUUGGACAUAAGUUAUUGAGAGCAUUCGCUUCUGAUAAUGUAUACUUUGAAAUGAUACUUAACAUAUUAUUAUUGACCAACUAAAAAGGUAUCCAAUUUUCAAUGCAGCUGGAACUGACCUAAGUAACGUUUCCAUCAGAUCGUAAAGCAAAUAAAUCUUUAAAUUUGAAUGUUUUGACAAGAUAUUGACUUUUAAGGACUUGAAAAUUCACACGGCAACGUUUCAACUAGUUUUUGCUAGUCAGUCCAGUUUUUUGCAUUAAGCAAAAAAAAUGAAAUACUUUGAAUGAAUGUUGAAUUUAAGACUUUAUUGACAGUUUUGAUUUAAUCUGCUAGAUUCGCCAGUGUGAAUUAAUAAACAUACGUAUAAUUUAUUAAUUUGCGCUUCAGUGCGUACUUAUGUCAAAAAUCAUAGUACUUUACCAAUCUUCAAAACGACUGACUAACAUUUUAAGAGGUCAGUGAGAGACGAUUGUAAACAUCACAGUUAAAUUGUAUUGAAACAUUUCAUAUCAGAAUGAAAUGGCUUACCUAGUAUUUUUUUUCAUGAAGUAGAUUUGAUACCAACCGAGUAUUUUUUCAAAGUAAUUUUAAAAUGUGACUUAUUUAAUAUUGUUUUUUGUAAAUAAACCAUUUUGUUAUAA